GUAUCUGGAGCAGGCGCCGCAGCUGCCGAGCGGUGGCGUCGGUUGCCCCACCUGCUUCGUCCCGAUGACCUGGGCAGAUCCCGAGGCCCAGGAAGAAGAUCAAGAGCAGGAGGAGGACGACGUCAUCCCAGAAGACUUCGAAGCACCGGCGGCGAGAGGCCAGUUGCCAGCGGGCCGGCCGACCUAG